AUGUGCAAUCGCGUCAUUGGGUUCUACACGUCGCCCAAUCUCAAGGAAUGGACCCAUGCCUCCAACUUCACCCAGCCGGGUUUGCCGGGAACGCAGUUUGAAUGUCCUAACCUCGUCAAGUUCUCAGUCAACCGCGCCGACUCGGAGGACCCCACCAAGUAUGUGCUUUUCAUCUCCGUCAACCCCGGAGCGCCGCUCGGGGGUUCGGGAACUUUCUAUGUUGUUGGAACGUUCAAUGGAAGCCACUUCUCUUCGGAAACCCCCCACGAGACCCUCUAUGACUUCGCCAAGGACAACUACGCCUCGCAGUGGUACUCGGGCAUCCCCGAGGACGAGCCCCCACUCUCCAUCGGCUGGGCCAGCAACUGGAACUACACCCAGCAGGUGCCUACCGGCCCCCUCGAAGGCUGGAGAGGCUCCAUGUCGCUGCCCAAAGAGCACACUCUGACCAAGGUCGACGGCUCCUGGGUCGUCACUAACCAAGCAUUCGACGACAUGGCCUCCGUCCGCGAAAAGCCACUGAAGGGCAAGCCCUCGCGGAACGGCGACGUGACCUUCAACUUCAAGGACGUCAAGUCCAACGCCGUCUCCUUCGACGUCAAGAUCAACGGUAUCCCGUCCUCUGGCGCAACGGGCCAGGUAUACUUCAACUUCACCUCUUCAACCUCGGGCGAGUACGUCGAUGGCGGUCUCAGAUUGGACACGGGCUUUUUCUGGAUCAACCGUGUGGGCACCCAUCUCUUCACCCAGGCCAACAGCACCGGCUACUGGCCCGUCUUCAACACGACCGUCAAGUCCUUCGACAACGGCAAAUUCACCUUUUCCGGUGUCAUUGACCGCUCGCUGCUCGAGGUCUCCCUCGCUGAGGGCAUUCAAACUGGAACGAUGAGUUUCUACCCAACCCGUCCGCUGGAUACCCUCACGGUCUCUGGCAGCGAUCUGAGCAAGAAGACUUCUUUCCGCGUUAAGGCCUGGGGGUUGGAGAGCGGCUGGUGA